AGGUAGGGCCUCAGAGCGAAGAUGGCGACGGACAAACAGAAACAUGAAGGCAGGGUGAAAAUUGGACAUUAUAUACUGGGAGACACGCUAGGAGUGGGGACGUUCGGAAAAGUCAAAGUUGGCCAGCAUGAGCUGACGAAGCAUCAAGUGGCCGUGAAGAUUCUAAACCGACAGAAGAUCCGCAGUCUGGAUGUGGUGGGGAAAAUUCGACGUGAAAUCCAGAAUCUCAAACUUUUUCGUCACCCACACAUAAUCAAACUUUACCAAGUUAUCAGCACACCGACAGACAUCUUCAUGGUGAUGGAAUAUGUGUCUGGAGGAGAACUCUUCGACUACAUCUGUAAAAAUGGCAAGUUGGAUGAGAAGGAGAGCAGGCGUCUGUUCCAGCAGAUCAUCUCAGGGGUGGAUUACUGCCACAGACAUAUGGUGGUGCACAGAGACCUCAAGCCUGAGAACGUCCUGCUGGAUGCGCACAUGAAUGCCAAGAUUGCAGAUUUUGGCUUAUCAAACAUGAUGUCAGAUGGAGAGUUUCUAAGGACGAGUUGUGGCUCUCCUAACUAUGCUGCUCCAGAAGUCAUCUCUGGAAGGUUAUACGCAGGGCCCGAGGUGGACAUCUGGAGCAGUGGAGUGAUUUUGUACGCUCUACUGUGCGGGACGCUGCCGUUUGAUGACGACCACGUGCCAACACUGUUCAAGAAGAUCUGCGAUGGGAUCUUCUUCACGCCUCAGUAUCUGAACCCCUCCGUUAUAAGCCUUCUAAAACACAUGCUCCAAGUGGACCCCAUGAAGAGAGCCACCAUCAAAGAGAUUCGGGAGGACGAGUGGUUUAAGCAGGAUCUUCCCAAGUAUCUGUUCCCUGAAGACGCUGCAUAUAGCAGUAAUAUGAUUGAUGAGGAGGCGCUGAAGGAGGUGUGUGAGAAGUGUGAGUGCACUGAGGAGGAGGUGCUCAACUGCUUGUACAGUCGCAAUCACCAGGAUCCUCUUGCUGUGGCCUAUCACUUGAUCAUAGACAACCGCCGCAUUAUGAGCGAAGCCAAAGACUUCUAUUUGGCCUCCAGCCCGCCAGACAGCUUCCUAGACGAUCUUCCCGCUCAUCACUCAGCUAAGGUUCACCCUGAGCGAGUGCCCUUCCUAGUGGCUGAGUCUCAGCCACGUCCUCGGCACACACUAGAUGAGCUUAAUCCCCAGAAGUCCAAGCAUCUUGGUGUACGGCGAGCCAAGUGGCACCUGGGAAUCCGCAGCCAGAGCAGGCCGAAUGACAUCAUGAGCGAGGUCUGUCGUGCCAUGAAGCAGCUGGACUAUGAGUGGAAGGUAGUAAAUCCUUAUUACUUGAGAGUGCGAAGGAAGAACCCAGUCACUGGCAUGCAUACAAAGAUGAGCCUCCAGCUCUACCAAGUGGACAGCAGGACCUAUUUACUAGACUUCAGGAGCAUAGACGAUGACAUGAUGGAGGUAAAAUCAGGAACCGCUACACCUCACCGCUCGGGCUCAGUCGGGAAUUACCGGACUACCCUAAAGAACGACAAAAGUGAGAAAAACGAAUGUGAGGACGCUGCAAAAGGCGAAGCGUCUGCACCUUCCACGCCUCCGAUUUCCGCAAGUAAAGUGGCGGAAGGCUCUCUGGCCUCUUCUCUUACCUCGUCUGUGGAUUCCACCGGUGGAGAAAUCCUCCCCCGUCCUGGAAGCCACACCAUAGAGUUCUUCGAGAUGUGCGCCAACCUCAUCAAGCUGCUAGCACGAUAACUUAUGGUUCCUCUGAUGCCUUCUCUCUCUCUCUCUCCCCUCUAUCUUCCCUUCACUCUCUAGCUCGGUUUCUCUUUCUUCUAGAAUACUACCUCUUCGUUCUCUGAUAUUUGUGUCUUCAUUCACAGCAGUCCUUCUGUCUCUCUCUCUCUUUCUCUCUCUCUCUCAGUGUCUUUAGAGCAAUAAAGCAUGCGGACAGA